ACACAAAACUAAUGCUUACAAAUGAAACAAAAUGAUCAAAAAUGGAGGGAUGCUCGCGAUGCACAACGGCCUCUAGAUUGACCCGGACUUCGGGUGCUCACAGGACAUUGGUCCGUUCUUGCUCGCUUUGAAAAUCUCCUGGCGAUUGUUGUUCCUGUAGGCGGCGAAUGAAUACUGAUAAUCUGACAAUAAUGUAAAACCGCCACCUGAAGCCCUCGGUUGCUAGAGACAGGCAGAAGGCCGAAAUCCUAGUGAAGAUGACGAGUAAAAUGUGUAUGACAUUUGUGUUUGUGUAUAUAGUCGUCGUCCAGAUAAUCCACACCAACUCGAGGACGUCGAAUUUGUGGAAAUUGAGCACUGACGGGAAAGUCAUUGAGGCCGGCAACUUCAACAAGUUUCCCUACAACCCGGAGGAUAUUAUUGACGACCCGAUUUUCAACAUAAUCACCUCAACCGUUCACUACGGUAAAUCGUGGACUAAGAGAAGCUUAGAGACUUUCUGUUCUGACUGUCAAAAGACUAAUUCUACUUACAACAUAAGAAAUGGUCUACUUUCCAAUCCUGAUCAUGUUAAUAAAACAAAGCAUCCUGAAGAUGAUGAAGUACUCGACUGUGGGAAGCCAGUCAACUUUACAUAUUAUGACAAUUUAGUCGGAGUGGCAAACCGUUUUACACAUCCCAAUGUACCAGAACCGCAGGUCGCGUUAAUAUUUAAAAAAAAAAGUACCGACAUCGAUGUAAUCGCUUUGGAGAGAAAGCUGAAAAAGGCCAAGCGGGAGAAACCGAAAUCGGUCCAGUUGUACAACCAGAUAGGCAACUUCUGGAGGCUAAAGGGCGAUACGUACAAAUCUAUUGAAUGCUUCCGUAGGGCACUUGCUGUUUCACCGCAUAAUGCAGAAGUUUUGCUUAAUCUUGCGAGAGUAUUAUUUACUCUUCAGUAUUUGGAUGAUGCAAUAUACUUGACAAGAAGGUCGCUUGAAGUUCAACCGCCUGACAAAAGUGCGUGGCAGCAAUACUUCACACUGGGUGAAAUAUUUAAAGCUUAUGGUCAUUACCAGGAAGCUUCUCUUCAUAUGCGCCACUGUCUUCAUCUGCGGCCGGGAUUUGACCCAGCCAUAGCAGUCCUCAAAGAUCUUGAGGCCACGCCUGACAACAACAUACAUAUUUAUACUCUACUCAUCAUCGUCUGUUUGGUGCUUGGAGUGUUGUUAGUGAUAAUUUCUUCGAUGGAUUCUAACCUCGAAAGUGAUUAUACGGAAGUUGUUAAGGGGCAACGCCAUUUCAACAGAGCGAUGGCUAUGAGAUCACUAAAAAUGGGCAUUUCACCUAGGGCACUUAGAUCUAAACGGUAUAAUGGAACUUCGGGCUAAAAGUUAUCAACACGUUACAUUAAUUAUCUCUAUCUAUUCUCCUACCUCCACUUGGGAGCACUCUCUCUUGCAAAUAGUCUUUUUGCUAAGUUCAUAAUUUGGAACACAAUUUUAUAAGCUUUAUUUUUUUCUUGUUGUAUUGUCUGUCAAUCAAUACUUUAGAGUCGAUUGCUGUUUUUAUUUAUUUAUUUAUUGUUUCUUUAAAAAUUAGCAUUUUAUUGAUUAAUUAUGUGAUUACAAACGAUUUUUUGUUUACUUCUUGCGCGUCAUAUUAUUAAAAAAAUAGUAGAUUUUUUAAUUUGAUACAAUUAAAUUAAAAUACAUUUCUAUUAAAAAAUUUUAUAUAAUAUGUUGUCAGAAGCGAUAAAAUUACCUGAUGUUCUAGUCAUAUAUUACAAUUCUACUUUUUUUUAAAUACCACUAGGCAAAAUGUGCCAUUUGUUCCUCAUUUUUGAUCAUUGUGUUGUGAUCUUGAAUUUGAAUGGAUCUUUCUUUAGUUGUAUAAUUUACAACAAUUUUAAACUAUUAUGAGUUAUAGUAUUGUACAACAAUCCAAAGGACAACAUUUUAUCAGACUUUUUUUAACCUCUUGUUUUAUAGUUUUAAAAUUGAAAUUUUUUUUUACAAUUCAUAUAAUAUAUCAAGGCUACCACUAUAUUUUACAUACAUACAUUUUAUUUUUGUAAUAAUUUUAGCUAAAUUUAAUUACACUCUGAACACUAGUUUGUAAAAUAAACGAUAUUUGUAACUAGUAUAAUUAUAAAUCUUAACUAUGGUGAGAUUUGAUUGAUUUUCAGUGCCAAAUUUAAGUGAUGAAUAUAUUUAAAAAAUUUAUGUUUUUAUCUUCAUUUAUAUGUUUAUGAAAAGCAAAAGAAAUAAAAUUUUCUGAGACUGGUAUUUACAAAUUGAAGAAAUACAAGAAGAAUCCUUAUUGUAGUAAAAAUAAUUUUGGACUCAAGAUCUCUUGUGAUGAUUAAAAAAAUGGUGUGUAAUAUUAUAUGUUAAAAAAAUUACAACCUUGUUUAAAUUUAUAUAUCUGAAUGGAGAUAAAAAAUGUUUUACCUAAUCAGUAAAUGAGUUACCAUUUUUAUUUUUUUAUUUUUUAAGUGGUUGCUUUGAUUUAUUUCUAGUCCAGACUCAGGUUCAAAAAGUAGCAAAGAAAAGCUUCUUUUUAGUAUUGACAAGUUAGGUCAUCUUGUCUUACAAAUAAGAGGGUGCUUUGUUGGUGCACAAAGGUUUAUGUGAUUUUCUUUUCAUUACACCUCUACCAAUAUUUAUAAGUUUAAUUUAACUACUGUAUGAUUUUGUUUUGAAUAAUUGGUCAAUAUAAAGCAUUUCAAUGUUUAUAAAAAUGAACUGUAUCAUAUUCGAGAGGUGGGCUUUUAUAUUCAUUGUUGAAAAAAGUUCGUUAGUUUUUAAUAAUUUUUGACUAUGAGAUGCAAACAGUCAAAACCAAAGAUUUUUGUAAAACAAAGUAAACAAGACUCAGAGGUAGUAGUUAGUUUAAAGCCCUUCCUUCCAUUUGACUGUGUUCCAGGACAUUAUGUGUAAUAAAAUUAUAUAUUAUUGUGUCUUUUU